AUGGCCAUGCAGAUGGAGGUGGCUGAAGUCGGACGGCCCCAGGUUAUUGGCUUCGAUCCUUAUCUCGAAGACGAGGUGAUGCGCGAGUUCGACGUCGAUGGGAUAUCCACCCCAGAUGACGACGGAGUACCUGAAAGGAGGAGAUCUGAGGUUUCUGAGGCAAUGCUGUCGCAGACGCAUUCCGGAAGCUAUAUGUCGUCUUCAAAGUCAGACGGGAUAAGCCAGGCCUUCGCACAAUCUCUGGCAGCACUGCAGACUCAGCAGGUCAGCGAACAGGUGGCCCAGAUGCAGGCCACGAGGCCCGAGAUCAUCCGAGCAGCGCCUGUGUGGACCGUCCUUCGGGGCCUCGCCAGGCCCCUCCGGGGCGCGGUGGGUGAUUUCUAUUAUCUGAGCCAAACGACAACCCGCCUGCAUGCUUUUUGGUCUCACAGCUGGCAUGGCUCGGCGAAGCAUAAGAUUGCCACUAUAUUCUUCCUUCACAAAGCCAGUGCCGCCACGAUACUCGGCACCGCGUCAGCUGUGAUCGCGGGUGUUCUCUAUGGACAGAAUGUGCUACCGGGCUUCGGUGCAGAGGGCCGCUCCUGCUGGUGGUGUGUGAUGACUGGUUCCUUGACUUAUCUCUUGGUCCUGCUAUUCUGGCAGCCAAAGCAGCUGAUCUUUCUCGAUCGCGUCUGCAUCUCCCAAUCCGACCCUGGUCUCCAAGCAGAGGGUCUCCUGAGCUUGGGAGCGAUCCUGAAGAGUUCCGACAGUAUGCUGGUGCUCUGGGAUCCUUCGUGGGCACGGCGCUUGUGGUGUGUCUUCGAGUUGGCCGCGUUCAUUCGUAGCCGGCCCGCUGGGUGCAAGCCUCACGUCGUUAUGCGACCGACGAUUCUGGGAUUCGCGAUCUUGGCAUUUGGCUUCUCCGGUGUUCUUGGGGCUUUGUGCUACUACAGUCUUUUCCAUGUGUUUCCUGGCAUACCGAUUUAUUUCAUCAUGCUUAUUGCGCUGCUGCCUGGUGCUGUGGUAUUCUUCCUCAUCGCGAACCUGGCCCGUGCAUAUUGCCGGUCUGUGACGACGAUGUGCCAUCAGAUAGGUGAAUUCCGCAUUGCAACAGCUGAGAGUUACUGCUGCGCAACGGACCACACGUCUGAGAGUGGCGAGCCGAUGAUCUGCGACCGCGAGGUCAUCCAGCAAUGCAUCAGAAUCUGGUUUGGCAGCGUCGAGGCUUUUGAGCGCCGCGUCCAGAACGAGGUGUGUGAUUUGCUGUCGCACCAACUGGCGUAUCACAUGAUCUCCUAUUGGCGGCUGUCCGAGGCGACUCCGAUCAUUUUUUGGAUUCUACUGGAUCAAGCAGCCGAACGCUUGUACUCUGGCUUGCAGGAAGGCGAUAGUGGUCCCGGAUUUGGGGUGUAUCACCUCAUCCGCGGCAUCAUCUACUGGCUGGCGGUGGUUCCUUUUCUCUUCCGUGUCCUGCUGCGGGUCACGUGGAUGCUGCAGGCUCAGCCAGCUUGCCGACUGCUCGACUGGUUCCUGUCCUCUUUGAUCCUAUUUGUCGGAGCGGUCCUUUUCCUGGCGUUUAUCUUCCUUGACCUUUUCGUGGGCUUCUACGCCUUUGUCUUCACAUCCAUCCCUUUGGCUCUUUUCACUUGGCGAUGCCUACCGGUGCCAGUGCCGAAGCGCACCGUGCAUCCCGACUGA